UAGAAUAUAACCCCUAUUGUUUAUUUUAUGAUUUAAGGUAGUUUUUGCAAGUAAAAAAGAAAUGUCUUUGAUUGAAAAGAAAACUCAGUUUCCUCAACUUCAAAAGGAAGCAUGAAUACCAUGCUAAUGUCACCUUUAUUAAAUUUUAAUUUUUAAUAAUGCUUUACAUUUUAAUAUGCUUUAAUAAAGCAUUUAUUAAUAAUGAAGCAUAACAUUCCAGGUAACAAAGAUACCUUGCAAAUAUUAUUAAGAAAAUUAUAAAACAUAGCAACAUGUAGGGAAGUUUCCUGAACAAUUCUUAAGAUUUUUAUAUAUUUUUCAUAAGUAUGACUAAUAUAUUAGAACUAUUUAAAAUUAAUAUUUUAUAUUUAUGUUUGCAGGGAGUAUGCUGGAGGUAAAACCAUGAAGAAGUAGUGGAAAGAAGAAUAAUGUUUUUCCGAAAUCGUUUUCUGUUUCUGUUGGCUUUAGCUGCCUUAUUAGCCUUUUUGAGCCUUAGCCUCCAAUUCUUACAUUUGAUUCCUGUUAAGCCAAUUAAAGAUGAUGGUCUGCAUUCCAAGAAUCGAAAGAGAAUAAUGCCUAAUCCACUAACAGAGUCACCUGCUAUUGAUCCUAUUUAUGAAGCCCAGUUUUAUUGUAAUGUUCCCAGCAUCUCUGAACGCAGUAUGGAAGGUCAUGGACCUCACUAUUUUAAACUGAUAUCUGUUCAUGUACUAAUUCGCCAUGGAGACCGAUAUCCUCUGUAUGCCAUUCCCAGAACAAAACGGCCAGACAUUGACUGUACAUUAAUGCCUAACAG